AUGAUCACUUACAGAACAAACUUUAUUUUAUAUUUUUAUAGAAUGACAACAGUAUCAUAUGAUAUAUCUGGUGGGAGGGAUUCGUAUAGCUAUGCUGAAUGUAUAGAUAAAUAUACUGAUUAUUUAGAUGAAUUUGAAAACAAAAUUAUUACCCUUGAGGUAAAAAAUAAUGCAGAAUAUUGCAUUGAAUGCGUUGAAUUAAGAAAAUCAAUGGAAAAUGAAAAGCUAAAAUUACAGGAAUGCUACAAAAAAAAAUAUAUACCACUUAGUGCAGAUCAAGAACAAACAAUAAAUAAUUUUAUUGAAAACUGUUCUGGUAAAUCUCAAUCUCGUUGCGAUUCAGCAUCUUCUGUUCAAAAUAAUGUUGCAUCUACAUAUGAAACACAGCAUCCAAAAGGGGAUAAGCAAAAACAAUUAGAUGAAACAGAAUCAGUACAAAAAGUGGAGGUACUGCAGGUUCCUGAAGACUUAACACAUCAUGCUAGUCCUUCAAAUACUCAAGAUAAUGAACAUCAGUCAGGAUAUAAUCAUGCGUUUAUUGCAUCUAUUCAACAAGACACAUCGACAGAAACUACAAUUCACAAAGAUUAUUCUACACAUAGAGCAUUAGAUAGCAAUGCAAACGAAGAACCUUUACAUACAAUCCAUACUGAAAAACUUGAAUCACAUUCUAAAAUCCCAGGAAAAAAAUUACAUGAAGAUUCUCUAAAAGAUGGAUUACCAGACACUCAACAUAAUAUUGAAAAAACUGUGGAAAACAAAGAGUUUGAAGGUCAAGGCUUGGCAACAGAACAUAAUAAACCUAUGUCGGUAGCUGCUAAAACUUAUUAUUCCGAAAAACAUAUUGGUGAUGUUCUUAUUCCUAUAUCUCCUGCUAACAUAGAUACUAAAGGUGUAGAACCUACUAAUUCAGUCAAUCAUACUGUAGGUGUUGUUGAUACAAGCAUUGGGCGUUCAUCCCAAAGUGAUGUAACACCUAGUUACUAUUAUAACAUGGGUUCAACUUCUGAUGAUAAACCUAUUCAUGAUACACAUUCUAGAAAUGAAGAUUCUAUUGUUUUACAGUCUAAUAUUGUAUCCUCUAUUGGUACACCUACUUCCAUUGGACGUGUCGAUAAUAUAAGCUUGGGUAUUGAAAUUAAUGCAGACAAAGAUACUUCUGAAAACCCCUGUGAUAAUGCAUAUAUUGAAGAAAAAACACAUGUUAGUAAAAAUACUUGUAGUGCAGUUUGUAAUAGUGGUAAAUCUUGUAAUGAAAUUAUUGAUCUUCAAUUAUCAACUGAUGAGGGGGAUAAUGUUUCUCACGUGGGAGAGCUUACACUAGCAGAAACAAUUAAUGAAAAAGAGAGAAGUACAGAAAAAACAGUAAUAGAUGCAGGAAAAUCGUAUGAAGACUUACAAUGGAAGCAUAAAGAUACUGUUGAUUAUAAACAAAAUCUACAAAAUGCUCAUAGAAAUUCUGGAUCAGAUUUAUCAAGACCCAAUGAGAACUCCACAACAAUAGGCAAGCACAUUCAAACAACUUCAUCAUCAAAUUAA